GUGUAUUUCCGAGCGUUAAACUGAAUGGAAAUAAAUUACAAAAAAAAAUCGAGGUGCUAAUUUAUUAAAUUUUUGCAGUAUUAUAUUUUCUUAAAGAUAAUCAUAAGAAAAGAAAUAUACCUACGCGUGAAAGGUGAUUUGUGUGUGUUUAUAACAAUGAAAAAGAAUGACAAGAGUUUCUUAGGAACAAUUUUUCCAAGUCCGCAGCAGAAUCAAAAUCAAAAUGAACAGACUGGAAAUAGUGCACACAGAAAUGUGGAAAAUUGGUGCGAGAGACAGCAAAAAAAUAAGCCACAGAGUAAUUCUGUUGGGGCAGGUAUAAUGAUUAUGCUAGUGAGUGGUCUACAUAUAGGCUGGAGUAUCGGAAGUCCUAAUUUGAGGCUACAAGUAUGGUUUGUAAAUGUUCCCGAUGGAGAAAUCCUUCUUGCUCUCUGUUCGUGGUUUGGCGGAGCAAUAAUUGGGAGUUUUAUUGCCCUCUUCAUCCUCCCCAUGUGGGAGAAAAAGACAAUCUACUAUGUUGGAGUAAUUGUCUCUGUGAUAAGCAACGCCCCACUAAUUGGCUUUCCAAAUGAGAGUAUUGUGAUUAUUUUAUGUCGCAUUCUCGCUGGGAUAUCGCAUGGUUUCAUCUACAUAACAACCAUAAUUCACGCUUCAGAAAAUGCCAUCAAGGAGAUUCGAGGGCUCAUUCUCGGUUCCAUUCAUUUUUGUAUCAUUACAUCGGUGUUCACAACGUCAAUCCUCAUGGCAGUUGGACAAGAGGCGGACGGUGAGAAUUUUGAACCAAACAUGGUGAUUGGAAUUAUCGGGACAGUGUACUCCCUAAUGGCAUUACCGAUGAUUCCAUUCCUCACGUAUGAAUCUGUUGUCUUCCUCAUUGAGAGACAACGCUACAGCGAAGCCAUACGCAACAUGAUAAAGCUAAGGAAUGAAUCUGUGGAAACGUGGGAAAUUAAGAAUGAUUUCGACGAGAUGAAAUUGAUGGUUUGUGAGGAUGUACGAUCAUCGAAAUCAAUCUUUGCAGAUGGCAACCUUCGACCCCUCCUCCUUAUGAUUCUCGUGAAAUUCCUCUUUGUCCUUUCAUUCAACUAUGGCCUCAAUAUGAUUAAAUUUCUCUCAGUUGAUGAGAUUCUCAUGGGGCACUGGAGUUCAGCGUGGCUUUUCGGGAUUCGUCUCCUUGCUGCUUUAGUGGCAAUAUUUUUCUUCGACACCUUCGGCCGUCGAAUAAUCCUCGCCGUUUCUGCUGGAGGCAAAGCUAUAAGUCUCCUCGUUUAUGGCUUCCUCAAUCUCGGUGUUCAAGGAAGCUACGUGGCCGUGAUAGCAUCUGAAAUAUUUCUAGGCCUGGGACUUGGAUCUGUUUCGGAUAUUCUCUUUUCCGAAGCUUUCUCAUCGAGAAAGAAAGUCCUUUCGAUGAUUGUGGUGACCGUCAUAGAGAAUGCCCUCCAGAUUGCCCUGAUACUCAGCUUAGUGAACUUAUCAACGCGUUCCUACGAAGAUGCUUUCGUUUUCACAACAGGCGGCCUCAUGAUUGUCAUCACAAUUUUCCUCUAUCUUCAGCUACCAGAGACCAGAUUCAUGUCUUUGAGACAAACAAGGGAUGAAUUUCGGCUUAUGGGCAAUGCCACUUAUUCACGUCAACAACCACCACAGGGAAUCACAUCAGCGUAAAGAAUUGCCUUUCAUUCUUGCAAAGUAUUGUAUUUUUUUCGUUGUUUUUAUUUUUUUGAGAUUAAUAAAAUUUAUAUUGUUUUUAAAAA